CGGGGCGGGACCGAGGCGGCAAGCCGGCGGACGGAGCCGGCGCGGGCGGGCUGCUGAGGUGGCUGUCCCCCGCUCCAAGCUGCGGCUUCCCGGGUCGAGCCCCUCAUGGAGGCCGAAGCCGCAGAUGCCCCUCCGGGUCGGGUGGAGGCGGCGCUCAGCUGCUUCUCUUUCAACCAAGACUGCACGUCCCUAGCAAUUGGAACCAAGGCUGGCUACAAGCUGUUUUCUUUGAGUUCUGUGGAGCAACUUGACCAAGUCCAUGGAAGCAAUGAAAUCCCCGACGUGUACAUUGUGGAGCGCCUCUUCUCCAGCAGCCUGGUGGUGGUGGUCAGUCACACAAAACCUCGGCAGAUGAACGUGUACCACUUCAAGAAAGGCACUGAGAUCUGUAAUUAUAGCUACUCCAGCAACAUUUUGUCCAUACGGCUGAACCGGCAGAGGCUGCUGGUCUGCCUGGAAGAAUCCAUCUAUAUCCACAACAUUAAAGAUAUGAAGCUAUUGAAGACCCUCCUGGACAUCCCCUCAAACCCAACAGGUCUAUGUGCCCUCUCUAUCAACCAUUCCAACUCCUACCUGGCAUAUCCUGGAAGCCAGACUACAGGAGAGAUUGUUCUCUAUGAUGGAAACUCCCUGAAAACAGUGUGCACCAUCGCUGCCCACGAGGGAACACUGGCCGCCAUCACCUUCAACUCCUCGGGCUCCAAACUAGCAAGUGCGUCUGAGAAAGGCACCGUCAUCCGAGUGUUCUCUGUGCCUGAUGGGCAGAAACUCUAUGAGUUUCGUCGAGGAAUGAAAAGGUAUGUGACAAUCAGCUCUCUAGUGUUCAGUAUGGACUCGCAGUUCCUGUGUGCCUCCAGCAACACGGAGACCGUGCACAUCUUCAAGCUGGAGCACCUGACUGACAGCCGCCCAGAAGAGCCUUCCACCUGGAGUGGCUACAUGGGAAAGAUGUUCAUGGCAGCUACCAACUACCUCCCCGCCCAGGUGUCGGACAUGAUGAACCAGGACAGGGCUUUCGCCACAGGACGCCUGAACUUCUCUGGGCAGAAGAACAUCUGUACCCUGUCCACGAUCCAAAAACUGCCGCGACUGCUAGUAGCCUCCUCCGAUGGACACCUUUACAUCUACAAUCUGGACCCUCAGGACGGAGGGGAGUGCGUCUUAAUCAAAACCCACAGUAGUUUGCUCAGCUCAGGAACAACAGAAGACAACAAAGAGAACGACCUCAGGCCUUCCUUACCUCCGUCUUACGCAGCAACUGUAGCAAGGCCCAGCACGUCCGCAGCCUCCACUGUGCCAGGUUACUCUGAGGACGGUGGGGCGCUUCGAGGGGAAGUUAUUCCGGAACACGAAUUUGCAACGGGACCAGUGUGUCUUGACGAUGAGAAUGAGUUUCCCCCUGUGAGCAUUCGGAACCCUUAACAGAGUUACUCCAUCUGUAUGCCUGGAAGAAAGCUUUGCCUCCCACAGGAGGCAAAGUCACUGGCCCGUGCUCUAGCUCCUAACCACUAAUCCUCUUUCAAACGCAGAGUCCUAGGGUACCCACUUUGCAGUUUCAGAUCCCACAGGCUACCCAGUUGGUGUGGUGCUUGAAGCCUGACAGCAUUACCAUAACCAAAUACUAACCUGGGUCACCAGAGACCCAGACUCCUUGCCUCUGCCUCUGUACAUCCACUGCCUUUGCCGCUUGUGAGGUCGGGGUUUACGCCUGUGUCUGGUUUUCAGAAGCACCUAGGAAUGCCCUUGUAGAAUGCUGCCUGUUACUUGUUAUAGUGAGUGAAAGGGGCAUGUUUGGGACUCUGAGCCGGCUGCAGGAACUGACCUGUGCCCUGCCUGCAGCUCUGGCACUGCACUCUUGAGCAUCCCCAGGAGCUGCGGGCACUCACCAGGAAACAGCAUGUACAAAGCCAGUGUGGGUGGCAUGGGCUCACGUGGACACCUUCAGCAAGGCUUCCCAGCAUCCUACUUCGGCUGGCUGGCAGUGAGAGAUGCCAGAGGUGGCUGAGCACCUGACUUGGCUUCUACCGACAGCUGGAGGAAAGACCCUCUCCCGACACCAUGGAGACUAUCAGGGCCUCUUUAGCUGCUACAUCUUCAAGCAGUAUGCACCCCUCCUGUGAACUUCAGUUAGAAAACGCACUAGUGACUAGGGUGUGGCUCAGUUGGUCGAAUGCUUGCCUAUGCAUGAAGCCCUGGGUUCAGUUCCCAGCAGCACAUAAAACUGAACGUGAUAGUGCACACCUGUAAUUCUAGUAGUUGGCAGGUGGAGGAGGGAGGAUCAGACAUUCAGAGUCACCUUAGCUACACAGUGAGCUCAAGGCCAGCCUGGGCUACCUGAGGCCUUGUCUCAAAAAGGAAAAAAAAAAAAAGAAAAAGAAAGUCCCAAUAGGCAACUUGAAAUCAUUUCAGGUGGAUACAAGGCCAUGUCAGGACUUAGGGAAUAGAAAGAAGUGGUCCUGUGGGCCCUGAAGUGGGUGAGGCCCCUUCUCAUGUGAAUAGGAGGUGUUUAUGACUUCCAUAUUGGCUUUGUAGAUUGCAGUUUGAAAUUUACAUUUUUGGACUUUCAUGGACAAGUUGCCAAAUAUAUUGCCGCCAAGCAACAGUUAUAUAUUAAUGGUGGAAAGGAGCAGUUCUUAAAAUAAAACCUAAUUGUGUAUUUUAAGACAGCCAUUGGCUGCUGCCUAACAGUUGCCACCUAAACCAGUGGUGCCGUUGGGCUCCAUGCCCACUUAGAUGCCACCACGAUGCCACCUAGAACUCUAAAAGUUUCUCUGAAAGUUCGUGGGUAUUUAACUAUUUAGCUGGCAUUACCUCCUCCAGGAGCCAGAGCACUCUAGGUCAGACAGUGGGGACAAACAUGACCAGAACAUCCUAUUCUGCCAAGGUCUGAUGCCCGCUCAGUUCUGUUUGGCAGUUUUGGUAAAAAUCUGAGACGGCUGUAGAAGAUUCACACAUCCCGAAUCAGUCUUCACUGCAAUCAGAGCAGAGCCUGCAGCCUCCUGUGUUUACAGAAUUAGAGUAACUUGAACAUUGGCGUGUAGGAGGUAGUCCCUUGCUGGAGGAGGAAAACAAUAACCCCGAGUAAGCUAUUUCCUGGAGAGGAGGAGAAUCAGAGACGCUUAAUUUAAGAACUAGUGUUGAGGGGUAUGGACUAAUGAUGUCUUAUAUGCCUAGCAUGUAAGAGGCUCUGAGUUCCAUGCUCAGCCCCCCAUACAUAUGCACAUGUAUGUGCGUGUACAUGUGCUCACACGCACACAUACACACACACAUCCAAAACUACUAAUGUUCAGAUGUGUCUCACCUAAACACUACCAGGUCAUCAGAUACAAACCAGCUGUCCUAUCUCCCUCUUAAGGAGCAAAUUUGUGAAAGUUGGCUUAAACUGCAUUUCGAAUUCUUGUCUAGGCUAGGGAUGUGGCUAGCUCAGGAGGCAAUGGACUCUGGGUCCAUCCCCAGCCUCAAAAAAAAAAAAACUGUUUAUACACAAGAAAUUCUUCCUGCCAGUAAA